UGCGCUGCAGAGCUAUUUCUCCGUCGAAGAGCGACUGAGGCUGCUGGGAAAACAUGGCAGCUUCCUUUUGUUGCUGGGGAUUUAGUACUGAUCAAAAGUCAUAGUGCUGGAUUAAAUACCCUUCUUGUUCCACUGCAGCCACCAUUUUUUGUUUAUACGUUGACAAAAGACAACAGAAUAACAUGGAGAAGACCGGAAGCAUCGACAGUUUGGGCUCGAAGCAAUCCUCUUCUCGACAUCCCAGCGUUGAUUCAUUGUCCAGCUCUGAGCGUUCGACCCAGGUUAAGGCUCCCUCUUGCAUGCUGUCCGAGACGACCACCUCCGCAGAGUUUUCCCCAGAGAUCAGGGUCAAGCCCAAAACUCAAGCAAAGGUUCUUAGAGAUUCUGAUAAAGAGGAAACACAGUUACUUCCAAACGAAGUUGUGCAAGAUAUGGCUCAAGAUGUCACCUAUUUCUGUCCUUUUACCGGAGCACUGCGUGGAAUAGUGACAGUUAGCAACUACAGACUCUUCUUCAAAUGCAUGGACAGGGAGCCCUCUUUUGUGCUGGACCUGCCCCUCGGGGUUGUGAGUCGCGUGGAGAAGAUCGGCAGCGCGUCGAGCCGCGGUGAUGUGUCCUACGGCCUCGUCUGCAAGGAUAUGCGUAAUCUGCGAUUUGCACACAAACAAAUGGAUGACACCCUCAGGAAGUCCAUUUUCGAAGUGUUGAUGAAAUUUGCGUUUCCUGUCUCCAACGGGUUGCAAAUAUUUGCUUUCGAGUAUGGACAAGUGUUUCCCGAGAAUGGAUGGAAGGUGUAUGACGCAGUCUCUGAAUACAAAAGACAGGGCAUUCCCAAUGAAAGUUGGAGGAUUACAAAGGUAAACGAUCACUACGAACUGUGCGAUACGUACCCAUCAACGAUGGCGGUUCCGGUCCACAUUCCAGAUGAGGAGCUGAAGAGAGUGGCAGCCUUCCGGGCGAAGGGAAGGAUUCCUGUGCUGUCCUGGAUCCAUCCGGAGAGCCAGGCGACAGUUACACGUUGCAGUCAGCCCAUGGUCGGAGUAAACGGGAAGCGAAGCAAAGAGGAUGAAAAAUACCUGCAGGCAAUCAUGGAUGCCAACGCCCAGUCACAUAAACUCUUCAUUUUUGAUGCUAGACCCAUUGUCAAUGCUGCUGCGAACAAGAUGAAAGGUGGCGGAUAUGAAAGCGAGGAUGCUUAUCAAAAUGCUGAGUUGGUGUUCUUGGAUAUUCACAACAUCCACGUCAUGAGAGAGUCACUCCGCAAGCUGAAGGAUAUUGUCUACCCCAACAUUGAGGAUUCCCACUGGCUCUCUAAUCUGGAGUCCACUCACUGGCUGGAGCACAUCAAGCUGAUCCUGGCAGGAGCGCUGCGUAUUGCAGACAAGGUGGAGUCUGGCAAAACGUCCGUGGUGGUGCACUGCAGCGACGGCUGGGACCGCACAGCGCAGCUCACGUCGCUGGCCGUGCUCAUGCUGGACGGUUACUACCGAACCAUUCGGGGCUUCCAGGUGUUGCUCGAGAAAGAAUGGCUGAGCUUUGGGCACCGCUUCCAGCUGCGUAUCGGCCACGGCGACAAGAACCACACGGACGCAGAUCGCUCACCUGUUUUUAUUCAGUUUGUCGACUGUGUGUGGCAGUUGACUCGCCAGUUCCCUGCAGCUUUUGAGUUUAACGAAUACUUCCUGGUGACCAUCUUGGACCAUCUGUACAGCUGCUUGUUUGGGACGUUCCUGUGUAACAGCGAACAGCAGAGGUUGAAGGAAGAGAUUCCAAAGAGGACAGUAUCCUUGUGGUCGUACAUUAACAGCCAGCUGGAGGAAUUUACCAAUCCUUUGUAUGUGAACUUCUCCAAUCAUGUGCUGUUCCCUGUAGUAAGCUUACGCCACCUGGAGCUCUGGGUGGGCUACUACAUACGUUGGAACCCUCGCAUGAGGCCUCAGGAACCUGUUCAUCAGCGCCACAAGGAACUGCUGGCCAAGCGUGCCGAGCUGCAGAAGAGAGUGGACGAGCUGCAGCGAGAGGUGACCAACCGCUCGGCGUCCUCUUCCUCGGAGCGGGCGGGCUCUCCAACGCGAUCCAUCACCCCAGUACAGACCUUCGUUUGACUGCGCCCGACUCACACUCUACCUUCUCGCCUAUUAAAGGCUAGUGUACAUUUGCCACUGGGACACGGCUCGCAAGGUCCUAUGAACUGAACUGCCCCUAUAGGCAAAAACAAAAAACAAAAAAACAAAAAAACGCUCCUCAAAAUGUCUGCUUAAUAAUCUAAUUCGAGCAGUGUGUGCGUCCAGCACACUCGUGUGAAUGCUGAACACCAUUUAUCACAUUGACUGAGCUCCAAUCAGUAUUCUUAGGUUUUAAUGUACUAAAAUAUUACCCUGGUAAGAUAUGUAUGCUCUAUACACUACAUAUGUUAAGUUCUCUCUAUUCUGAAAACAAUACUGCAGAAGCUAAUGUAAAGGCAUACACAUGCUAAUUGGUAAUUUAACAUCAAAACGUUUUUUGUUCUUUUUCCAAACUUGUUCUUUUGAAUUCUGACCAAAUGUUUUGUCUUUUGUUCAAUGUGUGCCAUUUAAGACAUUACUCGAGUGUGUCAACAUUUUUUAUGAUCUCGUAUUUUCGACAUGCUCUGCUUGUUUCCAGCCAACACACAACAGGGGCCACUCGUUCUAGAUUUACUCAUAAUUUGAAUGUGUGACAAUUUAUAGUUGUUUUUAUUUUUUUUUAUUUUAUUUUUAGGGGAGCUGCCAAUAUACACUAUAAUCAUAGCACAAUACAGCUAAUAAUUUGCAUCAACCUCCAUUUAAAGUAAUCUGAAAGAUUGUGCCUUGUCCCAAACAGCUAAAACAACAAGAUGUGUUUUAGCUCACUAAAAUGUGAUAAUUAGACGUCAUACGGAAACCUGCAAUUAAAAUAUAUAUAUAUUAUAAGAUGUGUUUCCAAUAAUAGCAAAAUCCAGAGGACAUUAGUGCUAAUCAUCUCAGGUUUGAUGCCUUAUGUUGUGCCUUUACCUUCCCCCAAAUAAAAAAUCUACAGUGGAGCUGUAGCAGGAAUGGUUAAUAAAACAUUGUAAAUUCUUAACUAUACAUGUAUUUAUGUGUGUGCUUUCACAACACCCACAACUGUACCAUAGGACUGGCGAAACAAAAUAAUAAUACAUCGAUAACUAAGCCCCCCAAAAUAGAAAUAGAAAUUACUUUGAAAAGGUCAGCAUGUCCCUAUUGAAGGUUCUUUGAGGCAUUAGUUUCCCUUUUUAUAUAUAUACGUUAACAACAGAUUUUAUGUUUUGUAUUAUUCUAAUAAUGUAGCAACAUUUUAAAGGGCUUUUAGUUGGCUGCAUACUGUAAGCACUUAAUGUCAAAUUUAGAAGUUUUACUGUAGCUGAAUGAAAUGUUAUUUGUAUUAAAACAAUUUUUAAAAAUGUU